CCAAACAAAGGGGUGUGGCUACUAUCCAAGAAAAUGGACAUACACUGGGCUACCAGGUUUGGUUACUUGAGUGCUUUAAAAGAUGCCAUCAAGAGGGGAGAGGAUGUCAACAGUGUGGAUGAGUAUGGGGACACUCCACUCAUAGAGGCAGCCAGGAAAGGGAACACUGACUGUGUUAGGGAGCUGCUCUCCUCAGGAGCCGUGGUGGACCUGGCUGACAAGGAUGGUAAGACUCCACUCAUGAAGGCAGCCAGUGAAGGGCACACUGACUGUAUUAGGGAGCUGCUCUCCUCAGGAGCCGUGGUGGACCUGGCUGACAAGCAUGGGGAAACUCCACUCUAUGGGGCAGCCAGUGGAGGUCACACUGACUGUGUUAAAAAGCUGCUCUCCUCAGGAGCCGUGGUGGACCUGGCUAACAAGAAUGGGGACACUCCACUCUAUUGGGCAGCCAGGAGAGGGAACACUGACUGUGUUAUGGAGCUGCUCUCCUCAGGAGCCAUGGUAGACCUGGCUAACAAAUAUGGGAACACUCCACUCAUGAAGGCAGCCAGUGAAGGUCACACUGACUGUAUUAGGGAGCUGCUCUCCUCAGGAGCCGUGGUGGACCUGGCUGACAAGCAUGGGAAGACUCCACUCAUGAGGGCAGCCAGUGGAGGUCACACUGACUGUAUUAGGGAGCUGCUCUCCUCAGGAGCCGUGGUGGACCUGGCUGACAAGGAUGGGUGGACUCCACUCUCUAUCGCAGCCCUGAACGAUAACACUGACUGUAUUAGAGAGCUGCUCUCCUCAGGAGCCGUGGUAGACCUGGCUAGCAAAGAUGGUAAGACUCCACUCAUGAAGGCAGCCAGUGAAGGGCACACUGACUGUAUUAGGGAGCUGCUCUCCUCAGGAGCCGUGGUGGACCUGGCUGACAAGGAUGGGUGGACUCCACUCUAUUGGGCAGCCUAUAAAGGGCACACUGACUGUGUUAAAGAGCUGCUCUCCUCAGGAGCCGUGGUGGACCUGGCUAACAUGGAUGGGGACACUCCACUCAUAGUGUCAGCCAGGAAUGGGAACACUGACUGUGUUAGGGAGCUGCUCUCCUCAGGAGCCGUGGUGGACCUGGCUGACGAGAAUGGGUACACUCCACUCAUAGUGGCAGCCUUCAUGGGACAUGAAGAUAAUGUGAAGGAGCUUCUCUCGUCAGGGGCUUCCCCUCUCUGCACUAAUAUUGAUGGACAGACUGCUCUGAUGAUGACCAAGAAAUCAUAUUCCCCUAACCCUUCAAUAAUCAAGCUCCUUGAAGAAGCUACUGAAUCACAUUCACGUCCGCAGUCUAUUCCAGUCCUACCCAAGAACUGGGCUGUCGUUACUGACACAGAAACGAAGAAGCCAGUCUACCAGAACAAGGCAGCAGGGGAAACCCUCUCAACACCACCUGGAUAUCCCCUGCACCAAACCUCCGCACACCCUGAUGUCACUUUCUACGACAUGCCUCAAGAGAAGGAGUUCACCUCCAGUGGUGGCCACGCUGACUUUGACAAUGGAGUACAAGUAACUGUUCCAGCUAAUGCUGUCCCAGCAGGGACCUCUGUGAGCAUUAAAGUCCAACCCAGCCUUGCCUCAAAUGACGUGUUUGUGAUUCCUGAGGGCAUUCAGUCUGCCAGUCCGUCCUACUUGAUCUCUGGUGAAGGUCUAAAUGGAGAGGUGACCCUGAGCAUGGAGCAUCAUGUACGAGUGUCCACCCAACAAGAAGCUGAUGACCUCCUCUUUCUCCAAGCUGACUCGUCUCCCAAGAUAUCUAGUACAAAGAGAGUAUACCAGUACCAGGAGGUACAAAACGGAAGAUCAGAGUUUACUCCUGGAGGGGACACCGGGAGACUGAGGCUGAGCACACGACUGAAGAACUUCUUUAAAAUUGGGAAGAGAAAAAGAGGCAAUACUGACAGUAACCUCUACACUGUCAGAGUCUACCGGUCUCCUCCACACACAACUGGGGACAGGCUAGCCAUCAUUGUAGCCAGUCUCUGUGGGAGCUUAUACGCUAAGUUUCUAGAGAAACUUGAUAAAGUGAUUAUCCCACGAGACUAUCCCAAUGUGUCGAGAGAAGUGGCUGACAGGACAACUCAAGGACCACUGACGUUUGUUGAUAUGUGUGCCACUCUCAACAUUCACCCAGUGCUGGGAUGGUCUGUGGAACCAGACAAGAAAUUGAUCUUGCGUAGUGGAGUGGAUCAGCCUGAGGUAGAGAAGUUCAGACCUGAGGAUCUCCACGACUACCCUCCCAGGAUAAUCUGCAGGCUCUUCCCUGAGAAGAAUGCUCCCAAGAGAACCACUUGUACCAUCUCCUUGUCUGGGCUACUACCACCGGUCGAAUUUUGCAUACCAUUGAAAAUACUCACCCCCAAAGUUGCUGUGGAUACUACUAAACUACAGGAGGCCACUGAUGAGUUGAGAAGGUCUGCCCGGGCAGUGAGUGACACACAACUUGGCUCUACUGUGAAGAGUGUAGUGUCUCUGAUGGAGAGAAUGACUGCUGCUCUGAGGUCAUCUUCUCUGAGUGAGCUGACAGGCCACACUGACUCCAUACGGACAGAGAUAAAGGCUGUCCUUGUAGUGACCAGGAGGGUUGUCCAGGAGUGCACAGUACAGAGCAUCAGUGAGAACAUAAGAGCCAGUCUCUCUAAGAUGGAGACUUUAUCUCACCAGCUUUGUCAUGUGACCAAGGUCAAACUCAGAUACUGUCUAGGUACAGACCAGUCAGAGGAGACAGCUGCUCUUGUUGACCUGGUGGAGAAUGGAGCUAAUCUGUUGAGAGCUGUGGACUGUCUACUCAGGGACAUCCACACACUCAGUGGAGUCAGUGGACCAUCCUCUAAACGAGUCACUCUUCAAGAACUAGUAGAGCAAUACAAUCUGACUGACGAGCAACUCAACAGUGAAAUAGAAGACUCUGAUACUCCCGAAAUGGCCUCAUGUUUUGAUGAUGUGGACCUUUAUUCGAGUUCAAUGGGGCUAGGUAUUGCUGAUCAAGCCGAUGUGAAGAGGUUGUACCAUAGUGAAGGUACUCGAGCAGCCAUGAUGAAGUGUUUGCAAAUCUGGAAAGAACGUAAUCCUUUUCAAGCAACUUACAGAGCUCUACUGGAUAUCGCACUGAGAUUGGGGAAAGGAGACACAGCUCAUCAAAUCUGUCAGCAAUUGAUCCAACGAGGUGUGAGAGGUGUGGUCACUGGCUCGGACAGUAUACAGGUUGAGGCUGGCGUUGCACGGAAGGUUCCGACUGUAGCCAGGACUGUGGUGGACAUUAAUGAAGCCACUGAAGUACUGAGGACAACAGUUGGUGAGAUGACCACCUCACAGCUUGGCUCUAUUUUGGAGACUGUACUGUCACUAAUGGAGAAAAUUACAACUGCACUUCAGUCAUCUUCUCUGAGUGAGCUGACAGGCCACACUGACUCCAUACGGACAGAUGUUAGGUCCACUCGUCAACUAGCCAUGAAGAUUGUCAAGGAGUGCAACAUUGGAGCCAGUCUCUCUAAGAUGGAGACUUUAUCUCGUCAGCUUGGACGGUUGGCCGAGGACAAACUCGGAGACUAGGCCUGGCAGAGAGUGUUCAAACGUUGCCAAGAACAAUUGAUGGUAACCUUACAUAGUACAUGUGUUAGCGUAUUAUUUGUUUUGUGAUGGACCUGUAUUUUUAUCAGUUUGAAUGCACGUAUAAUUAUAUUGUUUGGAUGAUAUAAUUAAUUUUGACAAUGAAUUGUUAGUCACAUUG